CAUUAAACUUACAAAAUGCCGCUAGAUACUAAAAGAAUUAAUGGACCAGAGAUUUCUACAUCUUACUGGAUUCAUUGCAAAGCGAAUACACCGAAAACUUUUGAAGAACGAUUGAGCGAUUCGAUUGGAAAGGAUGGCAAACGAAAAGACGGUCGCCUGUUGCACGAAAGCCGCAAAUAUUAUGCAAAAGUCGGCGUAGUUUCGACGGCCAAAGGAUCCGCGUAUAUUGAGCUGGGUAACACGAAAGUUAUCGUAUCCGUGUUCGAUCCGCGUGAAAUCCCGAAACAGAACAAAUUCAGUCAACUGGGAGAAUUGUUCUGUGAUUUUAAGUUUUCUCCUUUCGCCUCGUUGGUAAGGAAAACGCCCCAAACAGAUGCACGGGAUCGCAGUAUGGCCAUGGCGCUGGCAAGCGCCCUGAACCCAUCCGUUUGUCGGCAUCUGUUUCCUAAUCUGCAGAUAGAUGUGUUUGUGAAUGUGCUGGAAGACGAUGGUUCGGCAUUGUCCGUGGCAAUAACGGCUGCUGGGCUAGCAUUGGGCGAUGCUUGCAUACCGAUGUUCGAUAUCGUGACGGCUGCAACGGCCGGAAUACUAGGCAAUCGUAUCAUCGUUGACCCCACAGCAGAGGAAGAAGCCUUGUGCAUGGAUGGAUACACCGAGGAUAAUCAUGGUUUGGUAAUGUUGGCAAAGCUGUCAACGUUGGAUCAGGUACCGGAUAUACUGCAGUAUGGAAAUGUGAAUGUGGAAAAGCUGUGGGAAACAUGCAAGCAACUAAACACCAACUGUGCGGAUCUGGUUCCGAUCGUACAACAGUUGUUGGUGAGCAAAGUGAAGACUCGCCUUCGAGAGCUUGAGGUAGAAAGUGAUGAAGAAAGUGAACCUAGCAAGAACAAGGAGGGUAACAACAGUUCGGGGGAAGAUAAAUAA